AUGUGCAGAUUGGAUAAUGGGAGCCAGAAACACAAGCUGAGAAUACAGAAGUUCUUACCACCAAGAUUGGGAUUGAUACGUGUGAUUCUGAUGAGGCAAAGGACUCGCGAGGGCUUUUUGUGGGGGGAGGCAGUUCGAGCUCGUCCCCGACGCGGACUCUGCUUCCAUUUCGCUGUGACAGGGGAAGGGGAGCGUGGUGACGGAGCUUCACACAGACUCCGCGGGAGGCAGGAGCUCGAGGUGGUGCCGCUCAAGGGCGCCAUGACCAACGAGGUGUACCAGGUGUGGUGGGCCACCGGCGGCGCCAAGGCCGGUGGAGCGGCUUGCCAGCGCUAG